UCCAAACGCACAGGUCGGCCCCGGGGUACGUGCCCUGCGUGCCCGUUUGGUAAGCCGGCCCUGGUAUGCCGUCGAUCAUAGCAGAGUGGGAGUAGUCAGAAAAAAUACUGGCUGUGUUAUCAAGAAGUCACACCUUCAAAAUCUUUGCGAAUUAUUGGAGACGAACACUGACCACCAAAGGAAGACACUUGGACACGUAGAGCGAAAUCUGUCAAAUUGAAACUGGCAGUGUCUUUACGGAUUGUUCUUUGUAAACUAUUUCAAAUCAAAACAUAUUGAAAUCAAUAGAAAAUAAACACCCGUUGCGAAAAGGAAUUCGAUUUUUCUGGAGUAAAUAUCAAUACAGGUUUAGUUUAAAUUACCUGUAUUCUUCUGUCUGCUUUUGACGAGAAAGAGGAGCGGAGCGAAUCCCUGUCGGCAGCAGUGCCAUGGCGGCCCCCACCACCAACGUUCCUAAAGGCUGUGGCCCCUCCGUGGGCUCCCUGUACUUCAACCUGUGUGACUUGACUGCAGUGUGGGGCAUCGUGGUGGAGUCACUGGCGGCUUUAGGUGUGGUGACGGCCUUCGUCCUCAUCAUCAUCCUCAUGGCCAGCCUUCCCUUCGUGACAGACAGGAAGAGGAAAGGUAUGGUGGCACUGCAGGCCAGCUUUCUGGUCUUCACCCUUGGCCUCUUUGGCCUCUCUUUUGCCUUUGUCGUGGGCCGGGACUUCACAAGCUGCACUGCGCGCCGCUUCCUGUUUGGUGUACUGUUUGCCGGUGGUCUUGCCUGCCUCCUGAUGCAUGGGCUGUGGCUGGUGCUCCUGAACCGGCAGGGCCAGGACCCCCAGGGCUGGAUGCUGUGUCUGGGGGCCCUGGCCUUUUGGCUGGUUGAGAUCAUCAUCAAUACAGAGUGGCUGAUCAUCACGGUGGAGAGGAGGCCAAUGACGGCCAGUGGCAGCCCUGACAUCUCCUGCAGUAUCACCAACCAGGACUUUGUGAUGGCUUUGAUCUAUGUCAUGGCCCUGAUGCUGGGCGUGGUGCUGAUGGCCGUGCCCUCGCUCACACACAAACACAAGGCCUGGCGGCGGGACGGAGCCUUCAUCCUGGCCACCGGGGUCUGCUCCAUGGCCGUGUGGGUGGCCUGGAUCGUCAUGUACAUCUAUGGGAACCAGGUGGCCGGGGACCCCAGCUGGGACGACCCCACCCUGGCCAUUGCCCUGGUCAGCAAUGCCUGGGUGUUCUUGGUCCUAUACACCAUCCCAGAAAUCUGCUCCCUCACCAAGGAUCAGGAUGAGCAGCCCAGCGAUGGGGAACACAUUAUCUACCCGGUCAGGAGCUUGGUCUAUGAUAACAUUCUGAAGGAGCAGAACACUGCAGCAGCAGCAGCCCAUCAGAACAUGUACAUGGAGAACAAGGCCUUCUCCAUGGACGAACCCAACACAGCAGCCAACAAGCCUGUAUCUCCAUACGGUGGUUAUAGUGGUCAGCUCCGCAGCUGUGUGUACCAGCCCACAGAACUAGCUCUAAUCACCAAGAGCCUGGCAAAUAGGGACCCUUCCCAUGAGACUGGCCUCCCCAGGGCCACGGCCCCCCGUCUAAACCAGAGCAGCAGCUCCCUGCCUCGCUCCCUAUUGCCCCUACCCACCACAGGACUGUCCCCAGCAGUCAGUGGAAAUGGUGUGUAUAAGAAGCCUCUGUGGUGAAUCUACGCUACGCUACUACAACCUGGUUCCUGUUCUAGAGCCUCCCCCUAUUCUACUUUGUGCUCUCAUUUCCCCUGCAGCCCCUGGGUGUGUUUGUCAGGAUUGGACCCUGAGAAAACCCAGAGCCUUUGACCACUGUAAGAGGCCAGGCUGUUCUGUACAUACAGUAGGGCUGGAGGGAGCCAGUGUCAGAGGAGAGGCCACAGUCUUGGUGCUGUGCACCCAGAACAAGUGUGUCUCUCAUCUCCCUGUGUCUCACCCAGUCUAUCCCAGUGGCAGUACUAGCCACCCUCUACCUACCCAUCUCCCAAGCCAGCACUCCCCACCCCACAACGCCAUGCACUGAUGGGAGAUCCAACCAACACAGCAACACACAGCAGUGUGGCCAGAGUGAAUGGACAAUGAGUCAGUUAAGAUAAAUUUGUUGCACAGCCAUAAAAACCUUUCAGUCUAAGCCCUGUAAAAAAAUCUAAAGUAAGUUUGUUCUGAAGUGUCUGUCCUAUAUAUAAGAAAUACUUUUUUUUUUAAUAUACAUGUAUUUAACCCCUUAUUUUUUGGAACUGAACAGUCUCCAUAUAUACUUCCAUUCAUUUGGUACUGGGGAACCUUCAGACGAGUCCUGUAAAAGUCUCUGGGCAUCCUAGAGCAAAUGUACAGUAGCUUGCGAAAGUAUUCACCCCCUUGGCAUUUUUCCUAUUUUAUUGCCUUACAACCUGGAAUUAAAAUAGAUUUUUCGGGGAUUUGUAUCAUUUGAUUUACACAACAACAUUUGAAGAUGCAAAAUAUUUUUUUAUUGUGAAACAAGAAAUAAGACAAAAAAACAGAACUUGAGGGUGCAUAACUAUUCACUAUUCAAAAGUCAAUACUUUGUAGAGCCACCUUUUGCAACAAUUACAGCUGCAAGUCUCUUGGCGUAUGUCUUUAUAAACUUGCCACAUCUAGCCACUGGGAUUUUUGCCCAUUCUUCAAUGCAAAACUGCUCCAGAUCCUUCAAGUUGGAUGGGAUCCGCUGGUGUACAGCAAUCUUUAAGUCAUACCACAGAUUUUCAAUUGGAUUGAGGUCUGGGCUUUGACUAGGCUAUUCCAAGACAUUUAAAUGUUUCCCCUUAAACCAUUCGAGUGUUGCUUUAGCAGUAUGCUUAGGGUCAUUGUCCUGCUGGAAGGUGAACCUCCGUCCCAGUAUUAAAUCUCUGGAAGACUGAAACAGGUUUCCCUCAAGAAUUUACCUGUAUUUAGCGCCAUCCAUCAUUCCUUCAAUUCUGACCAGUUUCCCAGUCCCUGCUGAUGGAAAAACAUCCUCACAGCAUGAUGCUGCCACCAUCAUGCUUCACUGUGGGGAUGGUGUUCUUGGGGUGAUGAGGUGUUGGGUUUGUGCCAGACAUAGCGUUUUCCUUGAUGGCCAAAAUACUCCAUUUUAGUCUCAGCUGACCAGAGUACCUUAUUCCAUAUGUUUGGGGAGUCUCCCACAUGCCUUUUGGCAAACACCAAACGUGUUUGCUUAUUUUUCUUCUUUAGUCAAUGGCUUUUUUUCUGGCCACUCUUCUGUUAAGCCCAGCUCUGUGGAGUGUACGGCUUAAAGUGGUCCUAUGGACAGAUACUCCAAUCUCCACUGGGAGAUUUGCAGCUCCUUCAGGGUUAUCUUUGGUCUCUUUGUUGCCUCUGAUUAAUGCCCUCCUUGUAUGGUCUGGGAGUUUUGGUGGGCGGCCCUCUCUUGGCAGGUUUGUUGUGGUGCCAUAUUCUUUCCAUUUUUUAAUAAUGGACUUAAUGGUGCUCUGUGGGAUGUUCAACGUUUCAGAUAGUUUUUUAUAACCCAACCCUGAUCUGUACUUCUCCACAACUUUGUCCCUGACCUGUUUGGAGAGCUCCUUGGUCUUGGUGGUGCCCCUUGUUUAGUGGUGUUGCAGACUCUGGGGCCUUUCAGAACAGGUGUAUAUAUAUUCACUGAGAUCAUGUGACAGAUCAUGUGACACUUAGAUUGCACACAGGUGGACUUUAUUUAACUAAACUAUAUGACUUCUGAAGGUAAUUGGUUGCACCAGAUCUUAUUUAGGGGCUUCAUAGCAAAGGGGGUGAAUACGUAUGCAUGCACUACUUUUCUAUGUUUUAUUUUUUAGAAGUAAUUUUUUUAAUUUAACUUCACCAAUUUGGACUAUUUUGUGUAUGUCCAUUACAUGAAAUCCAAAUAAAAAACUAUUUAAAUACAGGUUGUAAUGAAUCAAAAUAGGAAAAAUGCCAAGGGGGAUGAAUACUUUCGCAAGGCACUAUAUGACUGACAUGUAUGUGAAAUACUCACCUUUCUACAGAGGGGUUAUUAGUGUGUAGCCCAAACUUUUCAGACACUACAGACAGAAAUUGGCAGAUCAGCUGUAACUACUUCAGAUAAGUCCCAAGACGCUUGUGGGGGUCGUAGAGCAAAACGGAGACCACCAUCGUGUUCGUGAGAGUCUCAACUUUUAUAAUAGUUUGUAGGCCAAACCGUUUCGAUGCUACAGACAAUGUUGUGUUUCAGGAUGUCUCAUGGUCUGACAAACACCACUCUUUCACCGCAAGUGCGACAUCGGCUGAUGUGGGUGAUUGAGACGCAUCCAAUGCAAGAUAUCUCUAGCUUAAAGAGACAUAUUUUUUAAUUCUAAUUUGAUUUCCUUGGGGGUGCAAACAUUGAAUCUAGGGGGUUAAAUUAAUGUGACUGAGAAUCACAUUAUAAUGAAGAGAAAGGGAAGGCGAGAGAUGGACAGUGAGACAGGAGAGAUAGGAUGGAUUCUUUCACGUUGUCUGUUCUUAUCUUACGCUUACCUGUUUUUAUCAGCAUCCACUUUCACCCCUGACCCCUAAGACUAGUGUGUUUAGUUUCUGUUCUCUCUGGGGUCACUGCUGUCCUGUUAUAAUCGACAGACUUUCACAGGAUGGCAAUGAGUCUCCUUUUAGUUCUGUUAUAUUGUACAGGGAAUGGAGGUAAGGGAUUCAAACAAGUUUAUCAACAAACCAGGGCUUUUAAGCUGCAUUUCCGCCAUGUUUUGGGUGGACCAAUCAAAUCAUAUCUUUUCACAGCAGCACGGUUUGGUCAAAAUACCAAUUAGUGAAAAAUAUAUAAUUGGGGUGCCUGUCUAAACACAGUGAUAUUGUUUAAGAAACUGGUCUUACAUUAUCUCUAUGUGCUUAAAACACCCAGGCACCACUGAGGUAUACACUAAAUAUAGGUCUUUACAUAUUUUGGAAAUGUAUCAUUUAUUGUAUUUUCACCUUGAGCUCUUUAAAUGUAUAUACAGGACUGUAUAUACACUACUCAAAAAAAUAAAGGGAACACUUAAACAACACAAUGUAACUCCAAGUCAAUCACACUUCUGUGAAAUCAAACUGUCCACUUAGGAAGCAACACUGAUUGACAAUAAAUGUCACAUGCUGUUGUGCAAAUGGAAUAGACAAAAUGUGGAAAUUAUAGGCAAUUAGCAAGACACCCCCAAUAAAGUAGUGAUUCUGCAGGUGGUGACCACAGACCACUUCUCAGUUCCUAUGCUUACUGGCUGAUGUUUUGGUCACUUUUGAAUGCUGGCGGUGCUUUCACUCUAGUGGUAGCAUGAGACGGAGUCUACAACCCACACAAGUGGCUCAGUUAGUGCAGCUCAUCCAGGAUGGCACAUCAAUGCGAGCUGUGGCAAGAAGGUUUGCUGGAGGUCAUUUUGCAGGACUCUGGCAGUGCUCCUCCUUGCACAAAGGCGGAGGUAGCGGUCCUGCUGCUGGGUUGUUGCCCUCCUACGGCCUCCUCCACGUCUCCUGAUGUACUGGCCCGUCUCCUGGUAGCGCCUCCAUGCUCUGGACACUACGCUGACAGACACAGCAAACCUUCUUGCCACAGCUCGCAUUGAUGUGCCAUCCUUGAUGAGCUGCACUACCUGAGCCACUUGUGUGGGUUGUAGACUCCGUCUCAUGCUACCACUAGAGUGAGAGCACCGCCAGCAUUCAAAAGUGACCAAAACAUCAGCCAGGGAAGCAUAGGAACUGAGAAGUGGUCUGUGGUCACCACCUGCAGAAUCACUACUUUAUUGGGGGUGUCUUGCUAAUUGCCUAUAAUUUCCACCUUUUGUCUAUUCCAUUUGCACAACAGCAUGUGACAUUUAUUGUCAAUCAGUGUUGCUUCCUAAGUGGACAGUUUGAUUUCACAGAAGUGUGAUUGACUUGGAGUUACAUUGUGUUGUUUAAGUGUUCCCUUUAUUUUUUUGAGCAGUGUAUAUUCUCUCUAGUUUGAUUUUCCUGUAAAUUGUUAUUUUACUGGUUAUGAAUUCCUCCCUCAAUAGGGACUUGUUUGGGUGCUUCUGUGUUUACAUUUUACUGUUCAGAAGUGUAAUAACUAAAUAUUUUUUAAUUAUUAACCAUAUCAGCCAUAAUAGAAAAUAUUGCUAACUUGUCAUUUUAUGUCAAUAGAAACAUUCAACAUUAAAUAAAUUAUUAAAUCAAA